AUGCCAGCAAUUUGCUGUAUAAGCACUUGCAUGAAAAGUGGAACAUCGAAACACUGCUUUCUCAAUCCAGCCAAAGAUAAACAGCGCUUUGAAAGGUGGAUCAUUUUAUGUGGAAAUCAGCGUCUAGUUACUGAAACGACACCUGAGCAAGUUUACAAAAGUUAUCGUGUAUGCUCUCUUCAUUUUUGUGAAAAAGAUGUAGGUUCUAAUGGAAAACUAAAACCAACAGUGGUGCCAUCAUUAAGUUUACCAGCUCCAUUAAAAAUAGUGCCACUAGAUGUUGAAACACCUUCAACUAGUAGACCAACUCAGUUGAUGAUAGACAACGAAGUGGCUUCUACAAGCAGUCAUGGCGAAAUUACUUUUUCUCCCAAAGAGCCUGAAAAUGUGCUUUCUAAAACUAACACAAAAAUCUGCUCGACUCCCAGAAAACAAAAGACUGAAUACCGUUGCAUUGAAUAA